CUUACUCGAACCCGGUACAGACCAUCGCCAUAGUUCACCGAUUGAGGCAGAGACAACUCUGAGACCGGAACCAUGAAGAUUAUUGCUGCCCUUGCUCUUCUCGCUGUGGCUGUCCACGCGCGCUUCUCGUGCCCUCCUGACCCCACCCAAGGCAUCGACUGUUUUGAGACGGAGCCUGAUCAGCUGUUCUGUAUGUCUGAUGGCAACCUUGUCUGUGGAACUUGUGGAAUGAGACUGGCUUUCUGCCUUGGUCUGGUGGAGGGAGUUAUCAUUAUCCAGACCAAUGAUCCCGCUGUGUGCGCGGGCGCCAUCCCACCAGAGUGUCCAACAGGCAACAGCCAGCAACGGCCGGGAGGACAAGGAGGACAAGGAGGACACGGAGGACACGGAAAUCCAUUCGGAAUACCUCCCGGAUUGAAUAAGCCUAAGAACUAACUGUCCUGAUAUCUCCACCGACAACCGACGGUCUCCAUGCUUACACAGUUUAGAAUCCAUGAUUGUAGAGUUAGCUACAGAUGUUUUGAUUGCACGAAGGUAAAUAAAGAUAUGUAGUCCAACCAUC